UAAUUUCUAAGUUUUAGGGUUAUGUUUGCUACAGUUCUAUAAUUUCGGCAAUUUACUUUAACAUAAUAAUUAUCCUUAUUAAAACUGAUGUCAUGACCAUUUUACUCUAUUCUUAUUAAAAUUUAAGUAUAGGUAUCAUUGAAUAUAAGAAGAAUUUCCACCAUGGCAAACUCUAUAUUAACCAAAAUCAGUCCAUUAUGGAAGCUACCAUCGUCAACAUUAAUUCAACCCUCACGAUCGACCACUUCCAAACAUUUUAAUCCGAAAUACAAAAAGCACCGCGCACAAAAAUAUCUUAAAAUAGACCUACCAGACAUGAAUGAAGAUGAAAGUAAAUUAACUCCGGAAAAGAUGAGGCAGAAGAUGAAAGAGCGGGGAUUGAUGCCGCCGCGUCCUUGGAUGGAACGUCCAUUUUAUAUUUCUGCAACAGGUGGUGUCUUUGAGGGGUAUGUUCCACCGGAAGGGGACGGCAAAGCUUCCCUAGUGUCCACAACUCGUGCAAAACAAACAGUACAAUUGCUGGAGAAAAAAUCCAAAUCUAUGAUGGCCAUCCGUAAGAUCAAGUCUUAUGAAGAAGACUUUGAUAGUAAGGAAUUCUGUCAAGAAGCUCAAAACAUUUACAUAAAAGCUCAUGAAAGUUUGGCUAACAAUGAUAAAUAUGCUUUGAGAAAGUAUGUCACUGAGAAAGCAUACCCAGAGUUCCGACACAACAGCUUCUUAAAGACAAUAAGAUGGAAAUUUUUAGACUCAUUGGAGCCCCCACGUGUAGUUCAUGCACGUUGCACUGAUAUUAUCAGCAAGGAAAAUAUCUUUGCUCAGGUGACCGUUCGUUUUCACACGCGGCAGCAGCUCGCCGUUUACGACCGCUUCGGUCGCUUGAUCCACGGCAGUGAGAUCGUUGCUAAGGAUGUUCUCGAAUACAUUGUUUUCGAAAAACAUCUUUCCAACUUGUACGGCACGUGGCGCGUUCACGACAAAAUCAUACCGGACUGGGCGCCUCCUAAAGAUCCCUCUAAGCUAACAAGGCUUAAGCCCGAACCUGAGCCCGUGUCGGUGGUUGUGGAGGAAGAAGUGGAGCAGCCAGCGAUAGCUGAUAAAUAAUUUAAAUAAUAAAUAAAUAGUUUAGUAAUGUU